UGUAAUUGAAUUUUGUCGCUGGUUUAGUUCGUGUUGGUUAUUCGUUCGUAGUGCACGUAGAUCAUGUCUGAAGGAUAUAAACUUGGGGAUUUAGUUUGGGCGAAAAUGAAGGGUUUCAGUCCUUGGCCUGGCCGGGUAGCGGUUCCCACUCCUGAACUAAGAACGCCGAAGAAGGCCACCAACGUACAAUGCAUUUACUUUUUUGGUACAAAUAACUAUGCUUGGAUCGAAGACAUCAACAUCAAGCCGUACCAAGAGUUUAAGGAGCAGUUGAUCAAAUCCUGCAAGACGGCUGCGUUUAAAGAAGCCGUGAAUCAAAUCGAAGACUUCAUUGAACAUCCUGAGAAAUUCGGAGAUCUAGACGACCACACCCGUAACGUGGAGGAGGAAUUCGAUAAACUGAAGGAGAACGUCGAAGGAGACGACAGCAAAGAGGAGGCGACCGAAGCUGAUGAUGCACCCGCUCCAGAGUCUGCGAAGAAAAAGAGUUCCACGCCUAAGAUACGUUUGGGCAUUUCAAAGGUGAAGCCUAUAAAGCGUGCCUCGUCGGCCGGCGUCAAGUCCACACCGCGGAAGAAGGCAAAGAGUUCCCUCUCCAGGUCGUACACAGACUCCGAUGUAGCCAACGAGAAGCCGUCGAUGCUGAACCACUCGUUCUCCAAGAAGUCCAGCCUGUUGCAGCGUCCCUCGAAUAUAUUGAGACCUGAGACUCCCCCGCUGGACCUGGAGAACGUUUCGGAGACUCUUCUAGAGAAGAACAUCAAGGCCAGCCAGAUGAAGUUCGGCUUCCUCGGACUCGGCAUCAUGGGCUCCGGCAUCGUGAAGAACCUUCUCAACUCUGGGCACAAGGUCAUCGUUUGGAACAGAACCGCGGCCAAGUGCAAAGACUUUGAGAAGGUCGGGGCCACGAUUGCGGUGACACCAUGCGACGUGGUGGAGGAAGCCGACAUCACGUUCUCAUGUGUGGCUGACCCUCAAGCAGCUAAAGAGAUGGUGUUCGGUAACUGCGGCGUGUUGCACUGCCCGACGCUGGAGUCCAAGGGCUACGUCGAGAUGACCUCGAUCGACGCCGACACCUCGCACGACAUCGUGGAAGCCAUCAGCGGCAAGGGCGGCCGCUACCUCGAGGCCCAGAUACAAGGAUCGAAAACGCAGGCGGAGGAGGGCACCCUCAUAGUCCUGGCGGCCGGCGACCGCUCGCUGUUCGACGACUGCCAGUCCUGCUUCAAGGCGAUGAGCAAGAACUCGUUUUACCUUGGUAGUGAGAUCGGCAACGCGUCGAAGAUGAACUCCGUGCUGCAGGUGGUGGGCGGCGUGUCGCUGGCCGCGCUGGCCGAGGGGCUGGCGCUGGCCGACCGCGCGGGGCUCAGCCAGGCCGACCUGCUCGACGUGCUGGCCCUCACGCCGCUCGCCUCCCCGCACCUCAUCCUCAAGGGACGCGCCAUGAUCGAGUCCUCCUACUCCACGCACCAGCCCCUCACGCACAUGCAGAAGGACCUCAAGCUGGCGCUGGGGCUGGGCGACGCACUGGAGCAGUCCCUGCCGCUGACGGCCACCACCAACGAGAUCUUCAAGCACGCCAAGCGCCUCGGCUACGCGAACCACGACGUGGCCGCCGUCUACAUCCGCGCCCGCUUCUGAUGCGCCCCCCACCCCCGCCGCGACCCCCCGCGCCCGCCCGCCACGUCCGCCGCGCCCCCCGCCGCCACCGCGCCGAGCGCGCAGCUCGUGACGUAAUACUUCAGGGUUUUGCAUUUUGAAAACAAAAGAAUUUUUAUCUAUACUAAUAUAUAAAUCUACAGUGGUUUUUUACGGAUGUUCCGUUAUAACUACUGAACCAUGCA